GAAAAUUGUUCAUGGUCACCUAUCCGUCGCAAAAGAAAGUUCAAAUCUUAUAGAACAAGCCAAACAUCCACAAUCCUUCUCCCGCACAGAUAGACACAGACUGGUGGAGGGAGCACAGAAGUUUACCCAUGGACGACUCCGCUGAUGAACUCGAACCCCUCUUCGAUUACCGUCGCGUGCAACCUUUCAAUGUCGUUUGCCUCGAUGAUGACAGCCCACAAUCUUCGCCAGUAGCUGAUUCAAAAAGGCCGAAAACUGGCGGUUCUGACAAUGGAGAAAAGCAGGAAAAGAAAGAUGUAAUUCAAGUAAUGGAUUGUGAUGGAAAUGAUGAUGAAGAAUGGCUGCGCCCCCCACCAAUGGUUUCAGCUAAUACUAAAACGCAUUGCGAGAAUGCAACCAUAAAAGAAAUAAGGUUAAAAAAGAAGGAGCUAGCAUCCUUAGCUGAAUCUGCGAAGGAAGUGCUACGAGAUGUUGAAGAAUCUGCAAAAAGAGAUCAUAGCAAUAGCACUUCAUUGCAUUCAAGUCAAGAAAGUAUUGCAGAGCAGAAGAUGAAACCCUCGAGUGAAAGAGCUAAAAUAGUUAUCUGUAUUCAGGAUAACGAGGGCUCCAAACAAUAUCGUGUUUUCAAGGAUGAUAAGUUCGAGAAGCUUUACCAAAUAUAUGCUGAUAAAGCAAAACUUAGCCUGCAAAACAUAAGCUUCCGUUUUGAUGGGGACAAAGUUAAUCUCACUGAUACUCCUGAUAGCCUUGGGAUGGAGGACAAUGACAUUGUUGAAGCGCAUGUAAAACCCAACUGAUUCAGGUAGCAGCUUUUUUUUUGUGCUCUAAUUUAUUAAAUGGGAUGUGUCCGCGGCUCAUUGAAGACUCACAACUUGUAUAGUGAAUACUAAAUUUGGGGAAUAUAGCACACAAUAUUUGGAAAAACCCCUUCAUUGUGAGAACUAGGAUAAGGUUAAUACUUGGCUUGUUGAAACUUGGAAGUGCUUUGGCCUAUCAUGUUUGUUUUUGACCCAUUUUCUUUGUUUGCAAAGCGUAAUUCGUUUAUGUUCUCCUGUAUCAUACAAAAGCGGUAAUAUAAAAUAGGUUUGGUAGCUAAAGAGACUCAAAUUUGGCGGCUUAGAUGCAAUUAAUUUAAUUUU